CCAAGUAUACCUAUACUAAUACUACUAGAGAGAAAAAUAUGGAGCAAAACAAGUACUACAAAGGCCACAUUGUAGUGGUACCAUAUCCAUGCCAAGGCCAUAUCAACCCUCUCCUCCAAUUCGCCAAGCGCUUGGCCUCCAAAGGUGUCAAGGCCACAAUAGCCACCACCCGCUACACCGUCGGGUCGAUAUGCGCGGCCAAUGUCGGCGUGGAGGCGAUCUCCGACGGCUUCGACGAGGGAGGCUUCUCCGAGGCCAAGUCGGAGGAAGUGUUUCUCAAGUCAUUUAAGGCCAAUGGCUCAGCGACUUUGUCUCAAGUCAUACUCAAGUUCCAAAACUCAGACUCUCCUGUGAACUGCAUAGUUUAUGACUCGUUCCUUCCUUGGGCUCUGGACGUCGCCAGGCAACAUGGGAUUUAUGGCGCUGCCUUCUUCACCAACUCGGCCACCGUCAGCAGCAUAUUCUGCCGCAUACACAACGGCACGCUUUCGCUGCCGCUCGAGGAGGAGAACAUGCCGCUCUCAUCGAUCCCCGGCGUGCCGCCGCUCAAUUUCCGUGACCUCCCGAGCUUUCUAAGGCUGCCGGAGAGUUACCCGGUUUACUUAGCCAUGAAGCUGAGCCAGUUCUCUAACUUGGAAGAGGCUGACUGGGUGUUUGGCAACACUUUUGAAGAAUUGGAACCCGGGGUGGCCGAAGGACUAUCGAAGCACUGGCCGGCGAAAUUUAUCGGUCCGAUGGUCCCGUCGGCGUACUUGGACGGCCGGAUCGAAGGAGACAAAGGGUACGGAGCAAGUCUAUGGAAGCCACAGGGUGAAGAAUGCAUAAAAUGGCUAGAAACGAAACUUCCAAAAUCAGUAAUAUAUGUUUCGUUUGGAAGCAUGGUCUCUUUGACCGAAAAGCAAAUUGUAGAAAUUGCAUGGGGCCUAAAGGAAAGUGGCAAGCAUUUCCUUUGGGUGGUAAAAGAACACGAACGCCACAAACUCCCCAAUGGGUUCCUUGAAUCGGUGAAAGAAAAGGGUCUAAUUGUCCCAUGGUGCAACCAACUAGAAAUGCUAGCACAUGAAGCCAUUGGCUGCUUUGUGACUCAUUGUGGGUGGAAUUCUACGCUUGAAGGGCUUAGCCUUGGGGUUCCAAUGGUGGGGAUUCCACAGUGGGCUGAUCAAUUGACUGAUGCCAAAUUUGUUGGCGAGAUAUGGCAAGUUGGGGUAAGGCCAAAAGAGGAUGAGAAGUGGGUUGUGAGAAAAGAAGAGCUUAGCAUGUUUGGAAAGAGAAGCCAAAAGAUCAAGAAGAAUUCAAUUUGGUGGAGAGAGAAGGCCAAGAAGGCAAUUGCUGAAGGAGGCAGCUCUGACAAGAACAUCAAUGAGUUUGUGUGGGUUUUAAUGAGUGAUAAGAGGAAGAAGUUCAUGAAUGAAAACGGAACUCAUUAUUAGCUAGAUAUUUAGGUAUAAAGAGAUAGAGUAGAUUGUGGUUUGUCCCUUUUGAUGAUUUGAGUAUAUUUAAUCAUGUUUGUUCUUCAUGUACCUUAGUGAAGAGGUGGAUUGUUGUUCCACCUAUAACACAAGAUGGCGGCUCAGUUGAGUUGUUUUUCAUGUGUUUGU